CAGAACAACCCGCUCUACCUGCGCACGUUUGGCGCGGCGGGCGGUGGCGAGGCGGCACCCGACACGCUGCGCUUCCACUUCAUCGUCCACGCGGCGCUCGAUCACGUCGAGGAGAAGCUGGCGAGCCAGCGCACGGCGGCGGCAGGCGGCGGGAAGCUCGACCCUUACCUGGGGCUGCUGUACCCAAUCGAGGACUACCGCGUGUACGGCUACGUGACAAACUCGCGCGCCAAGCUGCUCACCGUCGUCGACGACGACGAGGUCAAGGACGCGGAGAUGCGCGCGCUCUUCCGACGGCUGCACACGCUCUACGUCGACACAAUCUCGAACCCCUUCCAC